GUAUUGUGGUAAUCCUGAUUAAGAGUGUUUGUUUCCAUUCCCUUGAUGAAUAUCAGGCAAAAUAGGAAAGUCCUCAAUCAACAAACCACAGUCCACAGCGCUUAAGCUGUCCCAUUUCAUAUGUUAUUCAGAAGAUUAAUAUCUAUUGAUAUGAUGAAGAAGAAACUUUCCUUCAUUCUGGGUAGUCCUUUUACCUGCUGCCUCCUCCUUCUCGGCCUUUUACUGCCUCCACUUCACACGGAGUGCCUCCAACAUCCGGUCUUUGACGGUGACGAAUAUCCAGCCUCCCUCCUCAAUCGAAGUAGCUUUCCUCCUGGUUUUACAUUUGGAACUUCUUCUAGUGCUUACCAAUACGAAGGAGCAACUUUUACGGAUGGCAGAGGACUAAGCAACUGGGAUGUUUUCGUCAGAGAGCAACCAGGGGGUUUUGUUUUGUCUGUGGUAUUGAGGGCAGAAAAGAUUUUGGAUCAUACUACGGGGGAUGUUGCUGAAGAAUUUUACUAUCGUUAUAAGGAGGACGUCAAGCUGAUGAAGGAAAUCGGUUUGGAUGCCUUUCGAUUCUCUAUUGCGUGGUCGCGUGUAUUACCUCGGGGGAAAACUGGUUUGGGAAUCAACAAAAAAGGUGUUGAUUUCUACAACGGCCUCAUUGAUGAGCUUCUACUGAAUGGGAUAGAGCCCCAAGCAACCUUGAUGCAUUGGGAUCUUCCGCAGUAUCUUGAAGAUGAAUACGGCGGAUUCCUCAGCUCGAAGAUUGUGGGUGAUUUUCGGGACUAUGCGGACUUUUGCUUUCAAGAAUUUGGUGAUAGAGUGAAGAACUGGAUCACUGUGAAUGAACCGAAUUCGAUUGCUGAUAAGGGGUAUGUCCAAGGCAAUAACUCGCCUGGUCGAUGUUCUAGCUAUGUGGGUAAUUGUACAGAUGGGAACUCUGCCACGGAGCCAUACAUUGUGGUCCACAACAUCCUUCUUUCUCAUGCGGCUGCUGCAAAUGUGUACAGAGAGAAGUAUAAGGCUUCUCAAAAUGGAAUGGUUGGUAUAACAAUGUCGACCAGAUGGUAUGUCCCCAAAUACCCAACAAAGGCAUGCAAAGAAGCUGCCUCCAGAGCUCUGGACUUUGGCUUUGCAUGGAUGGCUCGUCCUGUGGUAUAUGGUGAGUAUCCCGAGUCCAUGAAAGCUCUGGUUGGAGAUAGGCUGCCCAAAUUCACAGAAGAACAAAAGCAGAUGCUUAAAGGGUCUGUUGAUUUCCUUGGAGUGAAUUACUAUUCAGCUUAUUAUGCAGAAGAUGCCUCAUCCUCGACUAUCAACCCAAGUUACACAACGGAUAGCCAAGUCAAUAUAACGAUGCACAAAAAUGGAAUUCCCAUUGGUCAGCCGACUGCUUGUGACUGGCUCUAUAUUUAUCCGGAAGGAAUGCUUGAAAUUUUGGUAUAUGUGAAGGAAGUGUACAAUGUUCCAGUCUUCCUGACUGAGAACGGGGUGGCCGAUCUAAGCAACAACUCAUUGCCUCUCAAUGAUGCACUGGAUGAUGAGUUGAGGAUCAAAUUCCACUACCUUCAUCUCAAAUAUCUGUUGGAAUCUGUCAAGGCGGGAGUUGAUGUAAGGGGCUACAGUUUGUGGUCAUUCCUCGAUAAUUUUGAGUGGGAGCUUGGCUACACAGUGCGUUUCGGAAUUACAUUCGUAGACUUUCAGGACAAUUUGAAGAGAUAUCCUAAACGCUCUGCCCUUUGGUUCAGAAAUUUCUUACAGAAGCAGACUGCAACAUCUGCUACUGCAACUCCCCUGUUGUACUCUAGUCAAUAACUUGCCAUGAACCAUUCCGUUCGUUCACACGAGACAUACAUCGCAGCUCAUGUUGUGCAUUUGUAUCUUAUUUAGUAUGCUCUUAACCAUCAUAUUGGAAUUUGUAAAGAUCAGCUUCUAGCAUUCAUGGCAGUGAUCAUGAGUCUACAAGGAAUCAUUUUCAGUUUUCACAGUACUCUCUUCUACAGCCAUCAGCCUGCUGUGAAUACAAGGCUACUGUAAAAUCUAACAAGAGAUCAGACAAAAUUGAUUCCAAAAGUCAACACAACUAUAACACGAGUGGUAUCUUAGAUAACAUGACAUAAUGGUACUAUUUUUAUACUUCCUCAUCUCUGUCUACCAGCAAACACAAAUAAAUAUAGUGGUGGCCUAAUAUCGAUACAACUCAGACAAUGGCAUUGGCAGCACUAGCAAUUCUCGGCCAUAGAUCAGCACAUUCCUUUCCAAUUGGCCCAGUAAUAGCAGAUCCCUUCAUUUCUCCUUUGGGGUUCACAAUCACUCCAGCAUUAUCUGCAAAGUACAUGAACACACCAUCCUUUCUGCGCCAGGGCUUCCGCUGCCUGACAAUGACGGCAGGCAUGACCUUCUUCCUCAGCUCCGGCUUCCCCUUCUUCACCGUGGCCAUCACCAUAUCCCCAACGCAAGCCGACGGCAAUCGGUUGAGUCUUCCCUUGAUUCCCUUCACGGAGAUGAUGUAGAGAUUCUUCGCACCGGUGUUGUCGGCACAGUUCACCGUCGCCGCCACCGGCAGACCGAGGGACAUCCUGAACUUGUUUCCGGCGCUUCCACCCCUCCCUCGCUUCGACAUCUUGCCCUUCCGCCUUCGUCUUCCUCUCUGCUACACCU